GGCCUGAGCAGCCGGAAGGCAGGAUGGCGGCCGCCGCGACCUCGGCUACGGAUAUAGAGGUGGUUCGGGGCAGGCGCGCCGCCCUCUUCUGCGCUGCGGUGGCCAUCGUGCUGGGGCUGCCGCUCUGGUGGAAGACCACGGAGACCUACCGGGCCCCUUUGCCUUACUCCCAGAUCAGUGGGCUGGAUGCCCUGCAGCUGCGGCUCAUGGUGCCCGUCACCGUCGUGUUUACCCGCGAUUCGGUGCCCCUGGACGACCAGGAAAAGCUGCCUUUCACCGUUGUGCAUGAGAGAGAGAUCCCUCUGAAAUACAAGAUGAAAAUCAAAUGCCGUUUCCAGAAGGCCUAUCGGAGGGCUUUGGAUGAAGAGGAGGAAGCCCUGUCACUGGGCAAUGUGCAAGAGGCUGAAGCUAUGUUGGCUGAGCCCCAGCAGCAGGUGGAGGGCUCUCUGACUGUGUACGUGAUCUCUGAACAUUCCUCACUUCUUCCCCAGGAUAAGAUGAGCUACAUUGGGCCAGGGCGGACAGCGGUUGUGCGGGGCAUAAUGCACCGGGAGGCCUUGAACAUCAUGGGCCGCCGCAUCAUCCAGGUGGCCCAGGCCAUGUCCUUGACAGAGGAUGUGCUUGCUGCUGCUCUGGCCGACCACCUUCCGGAGGACAAGUGGAGCUCCGAUAAGAGGCGGCCUCUCAAGUCCAGCUCGGGCUAUGAGAUCACUUUCAGUUUACUCAACCCAGACCCCAAGUCCCAUGACGUCCACUGGGACAUCGAGGGGGCUGUCCGGCGCCAUGUACAGCCUUUCCUGAGUGCCCUCAGUGCUGCUGGCAACUUCUCUGUGGACUCUCAGAUCCUUUACUAUGCGAUGUUGGGGGUAAACCCCAGGUUUGACCCGGCUUCCUCCAGCUACUACUUGGCCAUGCACAGCCUCCCCCAUGUCAUCAACCCAGUGGAAUCUCGUCUGGGAUCCAGCGCUGCCUCCCUGUACCCUGUGCUCAACUUUCUCCUCUACGUGCCUGAGCUUGCCCACUCACCCCUGUACAUUCAGGACAAGGAUGGGGCUCCAGUGGCCACCAACGCCUUCCACAGUCCCCGCUGGGGUGGCAUUAUGGUAUACAAUGUUGACCCCAAAGCCUACAAUGGCUCCGGGCUACCAGUGAGAGUCGAGGUGGACAUGGUACGAGUGAUGGAGGUGUUCCUGGCGCAGUUGCGGCUGCUUUUUGGGAUUGCUCAGCCCCAGGUGCCUCCAAAAUGCCUGCUUUCAGGGCCCAAGAGUGAAGGGCUAAUGACUUGGGAGCUAGACCGGCUGCUCUGGGCUCGGUCGGUGGAGAACCUGGCCACAGCCACUACCACCCUCACCUCUCUGGCCCAGCUCCUGGGCAAGAUCAGCAACAUUGUCAUCAAGGACGACGUGGCAUCUGAGGUGUACAGGGCUGUAGCCGCGGUCCAGAAGGCAGCAGAAGAGUUAGCCUCUGGGCACCUGGCGUCUGCCUUCGUCGCCAGCCGGGAGGCUGUGACGUCCUCUGAGCGGGCCUUUUUUGACCCCUCGCUCCUCCACCUCCUCUAUUUCCCUGAUGACCAGAAGUUUGCCAUCUACAUCCCGCUCUUCCUCCCCAUGGCCGUGCCCAUCCUCCACUCCCUGGCCAAGAUCUUCCUGGAGACCCGGAAAAACUGGAACAAAUCUGAGAAGACAGACUGAGCAAGGCGGCAUCUCAGCAGGCAGCCUCGCUUCUGGCCCAGACGGGAAGGGUUCCGUAGAGGCACGUGGAUGGGGCCUGUGGGGAGGGACUGACUGCCUCUCCAGCAACCCAAGUACACCACUCCAAGAUGGGCUCAUCUUCCCUCCCCUCCCCAGCCCCUUGGCUCAGGUCCCUUCCCCACCUCCUUAUCUGACUUGAACUUGAAGGCCUCUGCCAAUCUCCCUGGAGGCGGGGGCAGCUCGCCUCUCCAUAAAGCAGGGGAAAACCCUGGGUUAGAUUCCAGCCUGUUCCCCUGCGUUUCUCUCUGACCGCAGCAGGGGAGAGCGGUAGCAUUGCUGUCACUGACGGGGUACGGCACAGGUCACCUCCGGGAGGUUCUGCCUGAUUCCUCUCCCUUCUGGCUGACUUGUUGGGUGCAGCCUGACCGGAGCCCAGGAUCUGGUGCUGUGUGUAGCAGUUUCCCUUCACGCUUGCCGAGAGGCAGUGUGGUAAGUUCCAGACUCGGAAUCAAACAGGCCUGGAUUCAUAUCCUCGCUUCUGCAGUAUUGUUUGGGGAGCUUUGGAUAAGCCACUUAAUCUCUCUGAGCCUGUUUUCCGUUUGUUCAAAUGACACGAUGAUACCUCCCUUCCAGGGUGGCUGUGAGGAUUAAAUGUGAUAAGCACGUG